AUGAAUCAAACAUUUGUAGAUCAGUGUGCUAAUAAGACAGUUCACAAACAUGUAAGCAGUUUCUUCAACUUCCCUAGAUACUGUGAACUGCAUAAAGCGCUUGGAUCUGCUUUCCUGGGUCAUACCAAACAGAAUUUGUUGGACUCGUUCAUCUCAAGCGAGGAUGCAUGUAUCAGCUCAAGUCUUAAUCAGUCAUCGGCCUGGGAAUUUGGUGGUGUGUGUGUCAAAGGGCAUGAUGCAGAACAUCUCCUGGAAGCUGUUGUUUCCAAUGCAUGUAGUGGUUCAGAUGAUAAUUCAUCUAAAAGUGCCAAGUCAUCUGCAGCCUCAUCAGAACAAUAUGCCGCUUCUUCAAUUGCACAAAUUAAAUCUGAAGGAAGUACCAUGACUGGAAAGCUUACAGUUCCAUGGAGCUCUGGGACUACUUCAUUUCUCGGUAGGGGCGUUACUGCUAGUAUGAAUUCUUAUCCUUCAGAUUCCUCAUUUGAGAACAUGAUGGGUGCAUUUAAGGAGGAGCAUCAGAAAAAGGAUUCUGGUUACCUACACCCUCUUAAGGGAUCAAAGCUAUCUAAUUUCAGCAAAGGAAGGGCCAAACCUGGUGAAAACAAGAAACCUAGACCAAGGGAUAGGCAGUUGAUACAGGAUCGGGUAAAGGAGCUACGAGACCUUGUCCCAAGUGGAGCAAAGUGUAGCAUUGAUGGCCUCUUAGAUUGUACCAUAAAGCACAUGCUGUUCUUGAGAAGUGUUACUGAUCAGGCUGAUAAGUUGAGGCAGUGUGUUCAUCAAGAAGUGAGCGGCCAAAGGAACAUAAAAUCAUGUGAAAUCAAAGCUUGUCGGCAGAAUGGAACAAGCUGGGCUUUUGAAUUGGGAAGUGAGAAACAACUAUGCCCCAUUUUGGUGGAAGAUCUUGAAUUCCCUGGCCACAUGAUAAUAGAGAUGUUAUGCGAGGACCAUGUGCGCUUCCUAGAGAUUGCAGAGGCAAUACGUCGAUUGGAGUUGACUAUCUUGAAGGGUGUGAUGGAAACUCGUUCAGGCAAUACAUGGGCUCACUUUAUUGUUGAGGCUUCAAGAGACUUUCACAGGUUGGAUAUCUUCUGGCCGCUUAUGCAACUUCUGCAGCAAAACCGAGCUCCAAUUUCAAGCAAAAUUUGA